ACUUUCGCGUGCAAAUUAAAGUUUGUGAGAGUACAGAUUUAUCCAUUUUAUGUUUAGGUUUAUCCGUCUGUCUGUUCUGCACUACGCUGUUUGCACAGGGCCCACCGUUUCUCGCGAGAAUACACAUUCGUCUCGCGAGCUAGUGACGUGAAAGUGUAAUUUCGCGGGAAUUGUCGUCUGUUUUGUUGACCUGGAGGAAAGUCGGAAAAUACAUCUUAACAUCACAUUUAAGACGGACAAAGCCUAACCCAAACCUAAUCUCCAAUAAGGACCGUCAUGUUCUCCGACCUGAGUGCUCAGAGGGGGGGCUCCUCUCUGCUCUGCCGCCCAGCCUCUGAGGACCAGGGACCGGUGUUUGAGAGGACCUCGCUGGACUACAGCCCCUCCACCGAGCGCUACAGGGUCGGCGAGCGGAGCUUCAGUCGCCAGUAUGCUCACAUCUAUGCAGCACGACUCAUGGAGAUGAGGCCCCUGCUGUCUGAGACAGCUAAACACAAGUGGGGUUCAGAUGUACACAUCAGGAAGCUCUGUGAUCUGGAGACAGGGGAGCAGUGUUGCAUUGUAGGGACCCUGUUUAAGCGUAUGGAUCUGCAGCCAUCUAUUCUGAAGGAGAUCAGUGAGGAGCACAACCUCCUGCCCCAGCCCGCACGAACCAAAUACAUCACUGAAGCAGACGAGCUGAUUCUGGAGGAUGAGCUGCAGAGGAUUAAACUGGAAGGGAAAAUUGACAGAGACAAGUGUGUCACGGGCAGCGUUAUUGCCAUCUAUGGAGCUGAGAAGAAUGAUGGCAAGUUUACAGUUGAGGACUUCUGCAUGGCUGAUCUCCCUUCGCAGGUACCCAGACCUGCUCUCAGCUCUGACAAGUUUGUGCUCCUGGCCUCAGGGCUAGGCCUCGGCAGCAGCCAGGCUGACAACAUGUUGGGUCUGCAGUUGCUGGUGGACAUGGUAACCGGUCAGCUUGGUGAAGCGAGGGAGCAGAGCGGGGCGGCGACGAUUUCCAGGGUCCUGCUGGCUGGAAACCUCCUGAGCCAAAACACCCAGGACAAAGACGCAUCAACAAAGGCCAAGUAUCUUACUAAGAAGACUCAGGCUGGCAGUGUGGAAGCCAUGCGUUUGCUUGAUGAACUGCUGCUUCAGCUGGUGGCAUCUGUUCCAGUGGAUGUCAUGCCAGGGCAGUAUGACCCCACCAACUACACCCUCCCACAGCAGCCCCUUCACAGAUGUAUGUUUCCUUUGUCGUCUGUGUACCCCACGCUGCAGCUGGUCUCCAAUCCAUAUGGAGCCAACAUUGAUGGAGUCAGGUUUUUGGGCACAUCAGGUCAGAACAUUUGUGACAUCAGGAAAUACAGCAGCAUGGACAGCCAUCUGGAGAUCUUAGAGGAAACACUCCGGCUCCGACACCUGGCCCCCACGGCUCCUGAUACUCUAGGUUGCUACCCGUUUUACCAGAGAGACCCUUUCAUCUUCGAGGAAUGUCCCCAUGUAUACUUCAGUGGCAACGCUCCAGUCUUCGAGUCCAAGCUCGUUGAAGGUUCUGAUGGUCAGGAAGUCCUUUUGGUUACCAUCCCAGACUUCAGCAGCACCCAGACCGCCUGCCUGGUCAAUUUACGCACCCUGCAGUGUGAGCCGGUUUUCUUCUCAGCCUUCUCCGCUGAUGAAGAUGAAGAAAGUGAGAUGAACGUCAGUCAUUAACAUCAGAACUGUUUCCAUCUCGGACCAGCUGGACUAAACGUUCCAAGCUUAUUUUCUCACUGUCCAGGUCUAGUUGGUAUAACUGAUAACCCAGAGACAAGGACUGGGUGCUAUAAAACACACACACUUGUUUAUCAUCAGUUUUAUUAAGACAGAAUUGUGCAUUUGAUCGGGCCGCCAUAGUGACCUGCUUUUUACACAAUAACGACUUAUCAUCCUGUAAAAACUGUUACUGACAUGAGUGAUGACAGUGUAAAUAAUUCAACUGUUUGUUUUUAACGUGUGUUCACAAUAAACAUAUUUUCAUUAAGCAUA